GUGAUUUUUCUGACCACGCUGUUCUACCUAUUGAGUUCUAGUGAUGAGUACUACAAGCCAGUAAAGUGGGUGAUAAGCCUGACACCUUUGUCUCAGCCAGGUCCCUCCUCAAACAUAGUUGGCCAAUCUGUGGAGGAAGCAAUAAGAGGUGUAUUUGAUGCUUCCCUCAAAAUGGCUGGGUUCUAUGGACUCUACACUUGGCUGACUCACACUAUAUUUGGGAUUAACAUAGUCUUCAUACCAUCUGCAUUAGCAGCAAUCCUUGGAGCAGUGCCGUUUCUGGGGACGUACUGGGCAGCCAUCCCUGCAGUCCUAGAUUUGUGGCUUGUGCAAGGACAGGGAUGCAAAGCCAUUUUGCUCCUGGUUUUUCACCUCUUGCCAACCUAUUUUGUAGAUACAGCCAUUUAUUCAGAUAUAUCAGGAGGUGGUCAUCCUUACCUGACAGGUCUUGCGGUAGCUGGUGGAGCAUAUUACCUGGGACUGGAAGGAGCCAUCAUAGGACCAAUUCUACUUUGUAUACUUGUGGUUGCUUCCAACAUAUAUAGUGCCAUGUUGGUGAGUCCAACAAAUUCAGUGCCCACUCCAUCACAAGCAGCAUGGCCAUUACAGAUUUACCGGUCAUCUAGAGAGAGUCCUGAGGAGAUGAAAGCGGCCGCAGAGUGAAGAAGGUGCUGUGCUGCACCUAUUCAACAUGUGAGAAUCGCUGUCUUCUGUCUUGAGUUCACAACAGCCAUGGCCUUCUGUCCUUUUCCAGCUGUGCCUAGAGGCAGCUCACAGGGAAGCAUAGCUUGGGUUUUCGGAGAAACCACUUCUCGAACAUCUGCUGGCCUUACAUUAUUGUGCACUUUGCCUCUUCGAGAGAGAACAUCUACUUCCCAUGGCUUUGCAUACUAACACACAGUUCAGCUGCCUUGUUGAAGGCCUUGAAGACCUUCUCUCUUCAUAAAAUGAAUGGUUAAGAGGACAGGUAUAUCCACUGGAGCUGCCAUCUGCUGAAAUGACUAACUCGGCUUUUAUUUAUUGGGUUAUUUGUGUUAUUAAAUUGUAGUACCUUUAAGGAAAGCUGAUUCCAAAAUAUU